AUGAUUGAAAUUCACCAUUCGGACAUCGCCUAUGCUCUGCUGCAGCCGCUGAACAACUUGGACGGCUUCGUGGCUCCCAAUAAUUCGGCGAUGCUGGCCUUCGAGAACAUUGACUUGAGCUACGGUCGCUGGGACAAUCAGCAGCUGUACAGGAUCAAGGACUUUGCGUUGCUGGGCGAGCAGUACAUGGACUCCGGGGACUCCAGUUUGGUUUGCCUCGCCACCCAGACUUCGGUGGAGCGCCUCAAUUCGCUGCCCCAGGUGGCUGCCAAUUGGCAGGGCAAGAUGUCCGUGGCGGUUUUUGCGGCUGGCCACGAGGAGUUCGUUGUCCUGCAGUACUUCGUCACCUAUAUGCGUCUGUGCUUUGCCAACAUCCGGGAGAAUGCCACCUUUCAUUUGCUCACGCCAAGGGACUACGACAAAUUGCCGCGAGUGGCCGCUCUGCCGCUGAACAUGAAGGGCAAAUUCGACUGCCAGUAUCCGGACAGAACGCUGAAAUCGCUGCUCAAGUUCCGUUCGCUGAAGACCCUGCAGUGGCGCCAGAGGAACACCUAUCCCCAGAACCACAUGCGGAAUCUGGCGCGCAAGGGCUGCCAGACAAAGUACGUCUUUCUCACGGACAUCGACAUUGUGCCCAGCACGAACAGUGUGCCGCAGCUGAAUCAGUUCUUUCGAACUGCCAACUGCUCCAAGAGCUGUGCCUACGUGAUCCCCACUUUCGAGAUUGAUGUUAGAGCCACGUUUCCCCGCUCCAAGAACGCCCUGCUGCGAUUGAUUAGGAAAGGCUUAGCACGACCAUUCCACGAGAAGGUCUUUAUCUACAACCAAUAUGCCACAAACUUCUCCAAGUGGCUAUCCACAAACACAAAUGAGACGGAGGUCACAGUGAGCCAUAUCGUAACGAACUUUGAAUUCCUAUAUGAACCAUUCUACAUAGCCAUAGACAAUGCACCAGCACAUGACGAAAGAUUUCUGGGCUACGGCUUCACCAGAAACUCUCAAGUUUAUGAGAUGCAUUUAGCUGGCUUUCAGUUCUAUGUUCUGUCCCCCGUUUUUACCGGACAUUGGGGAUUGCAAAGGAAGCAGGCGAGACCAGCUUGGCGAGAGCAGCAGAAUAAUGCGAAUCGCAGGAAGUUCGAUGUUUUCAAAAGCGAAAUAUUUGUGCGAUACAAAAACGAUCCACGGUUGCUAUUGAAAUCUAAAAAUAAUCAAAUUCUAGUUAAAUAAAAUGUCAAUAGCUGAAUAGUAUUUAAAUGGAUUGUCUUUAAGAAAGUUUCGUAGUAGAAAGCUCGUAGGCCAAAUGAGCUAUUAUUGC